AAACUAUAUGUAUAUAUAUAUAUAUAUAUAUGACCCCCACAAAACAAUCUUGCAAAAAUAGCUAAAAUGGAUUUUACCAAAUAAAACAAAUUAACAUUCACAACUCAGGAAACAACACAACCAACCCUAAAAGCCCUCUCAUCCACAACACUUCUCAAUUUCCUCAUCAACCCAACCUAUUCUCUUCUGAGAGGAAACUUGGAGAAAAGGAAAAAAGGAAAAGAAGAAGAAGAAAAGUAAUAUUUUUUCUCUUCUCUGCCUCCACUUCACCAUUUCUAACAUUAUUAUUCUGCAUUAAUGGCUUUCCCUUUUCCUAUUCUUCUCCUUCUCUUCCUCUCCAUUCCUAUCUCUGAAUCCAAGCUCUCUAUCGACUACUACAAGACUUCAUGUCCUGGCUUUCAGGACAUCAUUCGAGAAACUGUCACCACCAAACAAAGCACCAACCCUACAACCGCAGCUGCAACACUACGUGUGUUUUUCCAUGACUGCAUGGUGGAAGGGUGUGACGCCUCAGUUCUUAUUGCCUCCAAUGCGUUCAAUUCAGCUGAGCGUGAUGCUGAUCUCAAUCAUAACCUCCCUGGAGACGCUUUCGAUGUUGUUAUGAGGGCUAAGCUUGCACUCGAGGUUAAAUGCCCCAAGAUAGUUUCAUGUGCUGAUAUUCUGGCUCAAGCCACUCGAGACCUUGUCCUCAUGGUUGGGGGGCCAUUCUAUCCCGUCCGUCUUGGCAGGAAAGAUGGGCUCAUCUCUAAAGCAUCACACGUGGCCGGAAAUCUUCCUACAACUAACAUGACGAUGGAUCAAAUGAUAACCUAUUUUAGAGCAAAAGGAUUCGAUGUUAAAGAAAUGGUUGCGUUGAUGGGUGCCCAUACCAUUGGAUUUUCUCAUUGCAAGGAGUUUGCUGAUAGGCUUUAUCAUUACAACAAGAAGACACCAACUGAUCCUGGACUCAACCCUAAGUAUGCAGCUGCAUUGAAGACUUUUUGCUCUAAUUAUACCAAAGAUCCAACGAUGUCUGCAUUCAAUGAUGUGCUUACACCAGGAAAGUUUGACAAUAUGUACUUUCAGAAUUUGCCUAGAGGAUUAGGGCUAUUGAGGUCUGAUAAUAUUCUUGUUAAAGAUCCUAGAACUAAGCCUUUUGUGGAGCUUUAUGCAGCAAAUCAGUCGGCGUUCUUCGCGGAUUUCGCUCAUGUAAUGGAGAAGCUCAGUGUUUAUCAGAUCAAAACUGGGAGAAAAGGAGAGGUCAGGAGCAGGUGUGAUCAGUUCAAUUCUAUUACAACAAAGGGUUGACAGAAUGAGACAUCCGAUCAAUUUAUCUUCUUUGAAACAAAUUUAUAUUGAGUGUUUACUGUGGUUGGUCACUGGUACCUUUGAUUGAUUCGAAUUAUUGUUAAUGCAGCAGCAGCAGCUAGCAUUAUAUCAUGACGAGGACGAGGAUAUAUGAUAUGUUCUGUUUCAUGGUCAUCAUAUUUGUAUUAAAUUGCAUCGCACUGUGUAACCGUUUAGUAAUUUUUCUGAUUAUAAGAAAGAAAUUUCAUUUUA